CCUCCUCCUGUUGCUGAUCUGAAAGUCCUCAGCCUUUCAGAGGCGCACAGGCGCGUAGUUGAGCGGCGCGCACUGGAGUUUUCCCCCGGUCAGAUAAACUUCUGUAACUUUUGCACAAGAUCCGGUUUAAAGGAAUAUUCGCUGGAUGCUCUUGGAUUUCCCUCGUUGGUGUUUCGCUAAAUAAAGCAGUUUGUUUCCCAGAGCGCAGGUACAAUGAGCGUAUUCUGCACCAGGUCUGCGGAUUAGAGGUGGGAACCAAUCCCUGUGCUUGUUUUUUUCUUUUUUUUUGACUUGCACAGUGACCUGAAAGAUUCACCACAGAUAGUGAAAAGAAGGUGCACCAGCCAUGGAUUUGGGUAAUGAUGUAGACUUGUCCAACAGUAACAUCACACCUUUGUGGAAGCGGCGCACAGACAACAGUAGAAGUUUCCAGGAUUUAGACAAACCCAAGGCACGACCCCUGAGCUACCACGUUAAUGGGGUCAGGACUGCAGACUACCCUGUGGGAGAUGACAAAUGUUCCUUCACUUUGUGCCAGGCAGCUGAGAGGCUGCAGGUCACACCCCAGCCUUUCAAUGCAAACACUAUGGUGUUAAAACAUGUUUUACACAAACCGUCGAAGAGAAACAGAGUUGUUAGGAGCAUUAGCAUAGGACGCCUCUACAAUGGACGCUUCUCAAUGACCAAGUAUAAGUCUGGAAAUAACAGAUCUUCACUGGAUAACACAGAGUGUAAUGGCAAUAGCAGCACAGGAAAAACCAGGAAUGGACAAAGUGUAUGCUCUGAAAAUCAUCACAAGGACAUACAGAGAUCCAAAUCAAGCUCUUCUGAUCUGGACCUGGAGAAAGACCAGAUCACUUCUGGGACAAACACCCCCUCACCUGAUACUCCUACUCACAACUCCUCUUCACAUGUCCAUUCUCCACACACACCUAAUAACAACCACUACGAACUGUCUUCACAAUCAUCCACAUUCAGCUCCUCAUCUCCACUGCAGGAUACUCUCACCCCCUCUAACAGCUCCACUUCAAGCAUCCCAUCACUUAUAUCUUUAACCUCAGACCCUCCCACCCCUCGCUCCCCAUCACCUGACAGACGGAAUUCAUUGCCCAUGCAGUCUCGGACAACCUCAUCGACAUCCUCACAAGACCCCUUGAAUGCCUCCUCCUCUUCCUCCAUCUCCUCCACCUCCUCAUCGCUUUCCCCAACUGCUUCCCCCUCUCCCUCCAUGGUCCUUAGUACCAACAGUCCCGCUGCCCUGAAGAUGGGCACCCAGCAGCUUAUUCCCAAAGGAUUGGCAUCUGAUAUCCGGCAAUCCAAAGUGCCUCCUACUGGGACACAACGGCUGGGAUUGGACCAUCCCAAACGAGGUUUGAAAGUCCUCAGCAUGGUGGAAGCAGGUGGUUACUUUUCUACCGGAGGGGGCCACACUGAAGAAGCAGAGGGGGAGAACCAAAGCCCAGGGGCAUUACAGAGAGUUUUGAGGAGUACGUCUUACAGGAGAGCAGUGGUGAGCGAAGCUCACACGGACGUUCCUUCGGUUGAUCCAAAGAACCAUCAGUCGCCCCAGCUUGCAAACAGUGGGGUGGAUAACCUCGGUUCACCCACUGGCUCUACAAAUAUUACCUCUUUAAAUCCAACAAGUCCUGGAACGCCAAAAGGUGCCAGCCCCAGGAUUACAAAGUCUUCUAGUCCUCAGAUGGAAAAACCUGAAAGCGGCAAUAAAAACAAGAAUCCACAAAGGAAGAAAUUGACAUCUCAGCGGACGUUUGACAGCGAAGAAGAGGAGCUUUACCAGAACUACCAAGAGAAGGCCCUUCAUAAUGACUCUGAUGAGGACGCUGAAUCAAGGGCGCCUAAGCCUGAUAGAGGCAUCGUCGUGCAGUACAGACCGAUACGUACCUCCUGGAGCCAACUCACCGUGGUAAAGAAAAGUGGCCUGGCUGAACAGCUGAGUCAGGAGGAGCGGAAAAGACAAGAGGCCAUCUUUGAAGUGAUCUCGUCGGAGCACUCCUACCUCCACAGUUUGGAGAUUCUUGUCCGUUUGUUCAAGAGCUCAGUAGAGCUCAGGGAGGUGAUGACCAAGACUGACCACCAUCACCUCUUCUCUAACAUCUCGGAUGUCUGCGAGGCUAGCAAAAAGUUCUUUCUGGAGCUGGAGGAAAGACACCAACAGAGUAUCAUCAUAGAGGACAUCAGCGACAUUGUUUGCAAGCAUGCAGAGUCCAACUUCGACCCUUAUAUCACGUACUGCUCCAAUGAGGUCUACCAGCAGAGAACACUGCAGAGGCUGCUCGAUUCUAAGAAUUCAGGGCUAAAGGAGGUGUUGACCAGGAUAGAGAGCCACCCAGACUGCAGGAACCUGCCCAUGAUCUCCUUCCUCAUCCUGCCCAUGCAGAGGAUCACUCGGCUGCCGCUUCUCAUGGACACCAUCUGUCAGAAGACCCCAAAAGACUCGGAACACUAUGAAACAUGCAAGAGAGCCCUGCAGGCCGUGAGCAAGGUGGUACGAAAGUGCAACGAAGGAGCUCGCACAAUGGAGAGAACAGAAAUGAUGUACACUAUCAACUCUCAGCUGGAGUUCAAAAUUAAGCGUUUCCCGCUGGUCUCAUCCUCCAGGUGGAUGGUAAAAAGAGGGGAGCUGACUGCAUUUGUGGAAGACAGUGGCAUCUUCACGAAGCGGAAAUCCCGACACCAGGUCUACUUCUUCCUCUUCAAUGACGUGCUCAUCGUCACCAAGAAAAAAGGUGAGGACAGUUACACCGUGAUAGACUACGCCCUGAGGGAUCAGAUCCAAGUGGGCACCAAUCAGCCAGAUGAGGUCCACAUGUCACCUGUGAAAAGUCCCACCAGCAUGCUGACCUCACGGCAGGUCGGCGCCAACCAUCUCUUCAAGCUGUGUUUCCGUAGCAACCACUCCCGUGAAAAGGUGCCGAUGAUCCUCGGAACGGAGUUACAGAGUGAACGAGCACGGUGGAUCAGUUCUCUGGGCCAGAAUGACAACGAUAAGAGAAGACAUGACAGAACCAAUGUCAUCCAGGUUGAGGUGAUCAGAACCUACACAGCUAAGCAGCCGGAUGAGCUGUCUCUGCAGGUGGCUGAUGUGGUGUUGGUCUGCCAACACGUGGACGGCUGGUACGAAGGCGAGCGGCUGCGCGACGGAGAGAGCGGGUGGUUUCCCGAGGAGUGUGCCAAAAAGAUCACGUGCCAGGCCACCAUCGAGCGCAACAUGCAGAGGAUGGAUCGACUGCAGGGGCUGGAGACGAACGUGUGACGGGACCAUGAGCCCCGGGAGGGAGGCUGACGGACUCUCUGGCUGCACUUUUUGAGCACUGAAAUAAUGUGUUCAGCCACAGAGCUCCCGUUCAGUGUUUACUAAACACUGAGCACCUGUCUGAGCUUCAUCCCAUUUAGCUGCAACACCGGAGGAAAAACAGAUUCCUUUAAUUAGUGAUCGCUCCCUGAGUGGGCGGGGUGGCCUGACAGUGGGAUAUGUCACACUGAUUAAUUCUUUUGCUGGUUGAGGAAAACUUCACACCCACCACAGCUAAAGCAGCUGCUUUCAACACCCUGCAACGCAACAACUGUAGCUGAUAAAUUUAUAAAUGUUUUUUUUUUUUUUUUUUUUUUGUAAAUGGUGUGCAGAGUAAUGAGCACAGUCCUGCUGUGGGAGGUAAAGCAAACCAAUUAGAGGGAAUCCGACAGCAGCCCGCGCUCUGUUAACGAGGCUCUGGCCGGGCGAUAAAAGGCUUCGCCGGUAACAAUGUGACUAUGAACAGCGUUCUACAAGCUGCAAGCGUGUUUACAGUGUACAAACUCCACACGACUGUUUCAGCAACAGCCAGGCAGAAGAUUAAAUCAAAUCCAUAUGUAAAUAUAGCUGUAAAUACUCAUAACUGAUUAUAAACGGGCACAAAUUACAGCCAAGAGGGAAGAGUGAUCCAUUAUGGCAUCAAGCUGAGGAGAAGGGCCAAGUAUCCGCACUCCAACUUGCUGUUUGUCAGCGGUUAAUGUCACCCUCAUGAAUCAGACUGUACAUUUAUGUCUCAAGCACCAUUAUUCUCCCCAUCAAUUCUGCAGUUUCGACAGCAAGAAAUAUCACACUUGAUGCAAGCCAGAAGUGGCAGUGUAUAAAUAAUACCAUGUGUGUACUUUUUUAUUUUUUUUUAUAAAUGCAUGUGACGUUAAAGAAAUCGUGCAUCUGCCGUUUGUGAGGUCAGACCCCUGCCUGGCUCUGCUUUUAAUGUGAUUGUCCAGUGUGAGUCAUUUUAGCGUUGCCUGGCUAAAGGAAAAAAAAAAAAAAAUGGGCUGGCCAGAGGACGGCAGUAACACAAUCCAUCAAGCCAAGAGCUCCGGACUUAACAGUGACGAUGGCCACAAACUGAGGUUUGGUGGCUACAACGGACAAAGACCUCCUAAUGGGCACACGACUUUGGACCGUCUGCUUUAUGUUUGCACUCGGGAAACGGAUCCUCCAGUUGAUCUAUGACCUUUUGCUACCAUUUUCUCCUUUUUUUUAACUAUUGUAAAUACUUUUUGCACAUGUAAAUAUGUAAAAAUGUAACACUUGUGUUUUCCUAAAUAUAAAUUUAUAUUGGAAAAAAAACAACUAAACUUUUUAAUUAGUCUCGGUUAAUAAAAGUUUCAUUGCUUUCUG